CCCACAAUGCUCUGGGCUUGAUAGUUUCAAACAUGGCGGACACCUACAAACUUGGAGACCUAGUUUGGGCCAAGAUGAAGGGUUUCUCUCCCUGGCCGGGCAAGAUAAUACCUGCCAGAGAUAAUGUUAAGAAGCCCAGCAAGAAGCACUGCCAUUUUAUAUACUUCUUUGGCAGUGAAAACUAUGCGUGGAUUGAAUCUGCGAACAUGAAGCCAUAUUUCCAGUACAAAGGUCGUCUUAUGAACGCCAACAAAACCUCCACUUUUAAGGAAGCUGUGGAUUGUAUUGAAAAAUACAUAGGAGAAAAUAACAUUUUGGUUCCAGACCUAAAAGAGGAUACCAAUGACACAAAUCAUGAGGAAAAGAGCAUCACACCGCCCAAAGAAAGAAAAAUAAAGGGUACACCAAAAAGGCGACCAAACAGUGAUGCAUCUAAUGUUGGGAGUAGUGGGAGUGCUAAACGUCUCAAGACAGAAUCAAUCAAACUUAAAGAUUCAUCACUAACGAUCUCUCCAACGAGUCACAAUUCAAAGGCUCGAGUAUCAGCUCUUCUCAACAGACCAGUUCACAUUGAAAGACCAGAAACACCGCCAUUGGAUGUGGGCAGUGUAAGUCAGACAUUGAAAGACAAAAAAAUUGAACCCUCUGGGCUAAAGUUUGGGUUUUUAGGCUUGGGUAUCAUUGGAUCUGGCAUUGUCAAGAAUCUUCUGAACAGUGGGCACAGUGUUAUGGUGUGGAACAGAUCUUCAGAAAAGUGUGGAGACUUUGUAAAUGCUGGAGCAAAGGAGAUGAUGACCCCAUCAGAUGUCAUUGCUGCAGCAGAUAUCACAUUUUCUUGUGUAUCUGAUCCACAGGUUGCCAAGAAUAUGGUGUUUGGAAACUGUGGUGUCUUACAGGAGAUCUCUGCAGACAAGGGUUAUGUAGAAAUGACUGGCAUCGAUGCUGACACAUCACAAGAUAUUGCAGAGGCCAUUAGUAGUCGAGGUGGGCGCUACCUUGAGGCACAGGUGCAGGGCAGCAAGGUACAAGCAGAGGAGGGAACUUUGGUCAUUUUAGCAGCUGGAGACAGAUCACUCUUUGAUGACUGCCAGAGUUGUUUUCAAGCCAUGGGCAAAAAUUCCUUUUAUCUAGGUGAAGUUGGUAAUGCAAGCAAAAUGAAUCUUGUGUUGCAAGUUAUGGCAGGGGUAACGUUAGCGGGACUAGCAGAAGGAAUGGCUUUAGCAGAUCGUGCAGGUUUACAACAAAAAGAUGUUAUGGAGAUCAUGGAACUAACCUCACUGGCUUGUCCACUUAUGAUUGAGAAAGGCAAAGCUAUUAUUGAAGGAGGAUUCCCCACACACCUGCCACUUCAGCACAUGCAGAAAGAUCUCCGUCUUGGGAUGCUAAUGGGAGACACAUUGGAACUACCUUUACCACUCACUGCUGCUACCAAUGAAGUUUUCAAACAUGCAAAACGACUUGGUUAUGGAGAACAUGAUGUCUCCAGUGUUUACAUACGUACUCGAUUCUAACAGAAAGUUUAAAUGUGAUUUGAAUUGUUGUGGAAGGAAAGAGUAUAAACCACAGGCAUCAGUAAAUACAUGCACUGUAAAUUAAAGUAUUUGUUUACAUCAUUAUUUGAUAUGCAGUUUCAGACAAAUGAGUUGAGUCCACUUAGUCCAUCACAGUGGUGGGGUGUUCAUCACAUUUGGUAACAGUCACGUGUAGUAAUGGAUUUUCACUGCAGCUGUGGCGAAGCAAACCUCGAUAUUUGCCUCUUUCAACAUGGCUGUGAGUGGUAUGUAAAUAAAUUUGCACAAGAUAUAUGUGAUGAAAAAGGUAUAAUUUUAAAAUUAUUAUAUAAACAAAAUAUUUUUACUUUAAUAAUGUUAAAUGUAUGCAAUUUCUGAGUGAUUUUAUUAUUUUUACUCACUUAAUGGAUCUACGAAUCUUUUACUAUUAACUUGUUAAUUAAUGUACAAGUAAACCUUUAUUUACGAUGUCCCCAUCUUCGAUAAUCUGCAUUACCGAUGUUGAUAUAUUAAGACCACUUCCCUAUUUGCAAAAUAACAAACCUGCAUUAACGAUAUCCAUCAUCCCACCAACUCGGAAUAUGGAACGUAUCAUUCACUUCAUCUACCUGAAUGCUGCCUCAUGGCCAUCUGGUGAACUACAAUCCAGGCUGUAUAUGUAAGGAAUGGACCUGAGUGUUUAUUGGUCAUUAUCCUUUUUUCUUCUUUUUUUUUACAGUGAGAGGACAUCAAUAAAGUUCAUGUUGUAUUGUUUUAGUUACUGUGAGGUGCUUUCACUCUAACUGUGAAGUAGUUUCCCUGUUUUAGUGUCUGUGAAGCGCUUUCACUCUUGUCUAUGAAAUGCUUUCACUCAUUAUAUUUUCUUUCUUUCCAAGGCAAAUUAGGACAAUGGAAUUUUAUUUCCACAACUUUUAUGGUUUCUUAUGUAAGCAGACUCUGGCAGUUGGCACUUGCCACGAAUUAUGAAUAUUUUAUGGUGAUAUAUAUAUAUAUAUAUAUAUAUAUAUAUAUGAAAGAGAUAGUAAUAGAGAUAACUAUGAAGCUAAGAACACAAAUUUGUAUUUCGUGAAUUAUCAAGAAUUCACUGUACCUAUCAAAUCUCAACCAAAAUAUUUCCUUGACAUGUUUAGUACAGUUCUAUAUUUUAAGAUGUAAGUAAUUCUCUAAACAAUGUGAUAAGAUAGUACUCUAACUUAUCUGGUAUCAUUUCUCCUCUAACAAUGAAUUUUACCAGGGAAAAGUGGAACAGAAGGUCUGUGAACAUCACCCGUCUUUACAAAUGUUGUUUUCUGAGUUUUUACUCAGAUGACGAUGAAGUGUCUAAUCGUCAGGUUCUCUCUCUCAGCCUUUGAACCAAUUUACCAUUACCUACUCUCUUGCUUAUGUUUAAUGGUGGGCCAAAAAUGACGUAAAAUGUAUGAGAAAGUUUUUUUUAUCUUGAUCCGGUUCAGACACGUGGAAACGAAAAGUUCGCCGAGCAGUGACUGGUUAUGUCAGUGACAUCACCAGCCCAGUAGGUUGAAAAGUCCUUGCUCAAGUUUUUUGUUUUACAAUACUGUAUUGUACAGAAUAUUAUAUAUUGAUUUGGAAAUGUAAUUUUAUUUUACUUUUAUUCGUCUAUUUUCAAAGUAAAUACGAAUAGAAUAAUGAUGCAAAUUGAAUCAGGUCCUAAAUUAACCAGGGAUUUAGAUAUGAAUUGUUGUAAGUUGGAUAUUUGUAAUUCAAUGCUUUCCUGUAUGCUCUUGCUGGCAGUUCAUAUGUGACUAGUGGAAGCAUCUACCUACUCUUGAGACCUUAGUUUGGCAACACGUCUCACCAGUUACGACCACUCUUAAUGAGACAAAUAUUGAGGUUUGCUUCAACCUGGCAGCCAGGUGAAUGAACGCCUUGGUGAAAAUCCACAAAUACAUGUGACUAUUACCAAUUGCGAUGAUGGACUAGAUGGGCUUGGCUCAUUUGUCCGCAACUGUACAUGUCCUCGGAUACAAGGUUUGAAAAUGUUACCAGUCUUUUCUUUUUUCUCUCCAGUAGUUCAUUAAAACCUUUGACAUAAGGGAAAAAGGAAUGAUUCAGAGAUUUUGAUAGUGUACCUUUUUUAAGUGCUUUUUUUACCAAUUGCCUGAUGAAUAAAAUGUGUCGUUUAACAUUUUGUUAUGUGCAUAGUCAUUGGUGUGUAAAGUGACUGCAAGCUGGACAGGUCAGUAUAUUGUGAAUGUUAACUAUGGAAGAAUUUGGGUGUUUUUUUUUUUGUACCACCAACUGUUAAAAUUUAUUUUGAUAUGGUAGUUAGUUUGACAUGAUAUCAGGUAAGAUUUAGGCAAGUUAUCCCAAAUAUGAAUCCAGCCCUUAUUCUUCAGUCUAUCUAUUUAGUCAUAAGUGUGAAUGGUUUACUGGAUGAACAGAUAUAAUUUUCAAGUCAUCAAUCCUUAUGAAUACACCAAGUGCGGUAAAAAAUAUAUUGGUAAAGUUUACAUGAAGAGUGAGACUUGAUAUUAUUCUAGUAAAUAGAAAAAUAUUUUUUACAAUAAUCAUGUUUUGUUUUUUAGGUUUAUGUAAGUCAAUGAUAAUGCAGUAGUUAAAAGAAUUAAUAGGUUUUAAAUAGAGUGGAGGGAUGAUGAAAGUUAGAGACAGUCAUUGCUCACUCAUUGGUCCUUAAUGAUGUCAAGGUGCAAAUUUAUUAAUCAUUUAUUCUAUUUUGAUGUACAGUAAAACUCAUUUCACCUCUCAGUAUCAACUAAUUGUUUACAUUUGUGAAUGUACAGCAGUCUAUGUGGCCACUGCUAUGCCCUGUUGGCAUUGCUUAGAAAUUACUCUCUCCCACUCCAACAACAACACAUAGUACAAAAUUACCCACAGUCACUUGGUGCACUACAUAUAAUGUAGAUUAUAAUAUAUAACUGUAAAGAAAGACAAGGACCAAGAAGCUACACAAAACACACACAAUAAACCCUUGACUUCUGCAAGGGAAAAGAUCUCUGGAAAAUGGGAUGUGAUCCAGGCUUUAAAUUUUUAUCUUCUCUCCCUCACUCAUCUCAUGAUAUUAACAAUCAGAAACCCCAAAUACCCCAUUAUAGUAAAGAUUUUGAAUGACCAAACUAUAUGUAUAUUUCGAAUUGGACAAUAUAAAUAUACCAAACUCUUGGUUUUAGGACAAAGUUGGACCACCAUGCCUUAAGGCACAAGGUGACUUUAUUUGUUAAUCAUUCUUAUGUUAUCACUUGUGCUUAUGUUGGUCUCCCAUCCCUCAAUGCAUUUUCAUUGAUAUUUUUGUGUAUGUGAUAUUUGUAAUGACAUCUGUUUUUACACAUUCGUGAUACACUGAAAGAAUAAAUACUGCACAAUAAAAACUAUUUUUGAGAAGUUUAAUAGAUAGAUUCCUUGGGAACACUCGCCAUACUGGUACAAGAGCCAAUAAACUACGUAGGUGGUUUGACAAGUUCCAGUGCUUGAGAACACACACACACUUCACCACUUGGCUCGGUCAAUUAUACCUGUAGUACAUAAGAACUCGCAACAGAAACAGAUUCCCAUUAUAUUUGUUACUCAUUUUUUAAUUCAGGGGCUAAAUUUUUUCAUCAUGUUUUUCAAUACACAGAUUUUUCUGUGGAAAUCAAAGUACUUGUACAGUAUUACAUUUAUUGUCCAUAAUUCCUGGCAUUAUACAUGAUUUAGCAAAGAGGGUGGCUUGGAAAGGAAAAUUAUGGUCAAGUUGGUUCAUCAGAGUACAUGUAUAUUGAAAUUGCAAACCAGAAGAGUGCAGAAAUCAAAGGUUUAGAUACAGUACAUAUACAGGUAUACAAUACAUGCAUUCACAUUUAUGCACAUGCAUGCACAAACAUUCAAUAGUGGAUCGACAAGAAUAUUCUGUAGGACAUUUUGUAUCAAUCAUUUAGGAUUUGGGGGGAAAGUUUUCACCUAAAAAGUAGAAUUGAUGAUAUGAGCACCAUACUGUUUUUAUUCUUCGCAUAUUCAUAAUGAUUUUAAUGUUUAUUUACUUUUUUAUGCUGCUUAAAAAAAAAUAUAAUAAGACAUGGUAUGGGUCUGUUGUCUGUAUGGGUGUCUGUAAAUUUUUCCAUGUUUGAGCAGAACUUAUGUAUCAAUAAAUAUUUUGAUGAAA